GCAAAGCGCACCACCAAUUGAGACCAUCCAGCCACAGCUCACAGUCUUUCCAACCAUGGUCGCAGCUCUCCGAUUCACAACAGCUCUGUUGGGCGCUGUUGCAACAUUCGCCGCUGCAGCCGACGAGUACUUCGAGGGCGAUGGCACGAGCUACACGCUCGGACAGACGAGCAGCGGCAACUGCAACUUCAUGUCGGCCAUCCCGACGGCCUCCACCAACUACGUCGCGCUCAACCAGGCGCAAUGGGACAACCUCGGCGGCUGCGGACGCUGCAUUGAAGUGUCCUGCAUCGACGAGCAGUGCACCGCCAAGAACAAGACGGCGGUGGUGCAGGUGCUCGACCGCUGCCCGGAGUGCGCGCACGGCGCGCUGGACCUGUCGCCGACCGUGUACAAGGAGAUCACGGGCCUGGAUCCGAACCGCCUCACGGUGCGCUGGCGCUUCGUCGACUGCCCCGACCCGGGCACCCUGCAGGUGUGUCUGAAGGAGGGCAGCAACCCCAACUGGAUCGCCGUGCAGCCGACCAACACGCUUGUCGGCGUGCAGACCGUGACGAUCAACGGCGAGUCGACCUCGAUGGUGGACAGCACCUACUACUACCUUAUCACCAGUACCAGCGACGUCGACCUGACCUCG